UCCACAUUGUUUAACAUUGUGUUUUUCUAGCAGUGCAUUAUUUCCAGGCUCAGUACACAAGCUGCACGAUGGAGAAGGAGAGACCAUUUAAAUUGUUUUUACCUCCACGGAUCAGUCUUGGCCCGGUGUUUGCUGUAAAACCUCAAGAAAUGACGGAGACUGGAGGAUUAACCCAGGCUUUUGGGAAGCACUUUGAUAGUAAUGACUCAAACCUGCCAUUAACAAAGACAAACGCCUCCAAGUAUUCAAAACCAGCCAGUCCAGACCCUGUUUUAAAGAAGAUACCAACAAUGCCAGAAGAAGUGGUAAUUUGGAAAUGCAGAUUUGUAUUUUAUACAUAUCUUGCAAUGAAGAUAUUCAGUAUUUAAGUAUUUGUGUUCACCCCAUAUCACAGACCACUACUUAUGCUGUCCUCUUUAGCGUUAAAUUUAGCUAGAACAAUACUUUUCUUAAAAAAUGCAGAUAAUUGUACACAUGAAUAAAAUAUUCUGGAAUAUAUUGUUAUAGCAUUCAUCCUUUAUUUUUGAACUAAUAAGAAAAUCAACACCUCUUCUGAAGGUGGUGGGCAGAAUUGUGUUCUGUUGAUUUAUUUGUUCACAGUGCACUGAAAAAGCCAGUCAGAUUUAUUCCAAGCUUUAUGAAGAAGCUGAGAAUAUAAAGAGAUGGAAAGUGGCCAUGGAUGCUGAAGUUAUACAGAAGGAUAAGAAAUUACAGGAAAAUAAAAGAACUAUUGAAAACCAGCGCAAAGCCAUUCAGGAGUUACAGUUUGGAAACGAGAGUCUGAGCAUGAAAUUGGAAGAAGAGAUGAAUGAAAAUAAAAAUAUGAACAACAAAAAUUUGGCCACCAGACAUUUAUGUAAUCUGCUAAAGGAAACUUUUGAAAGAUCAGGAGAGAAAAUUAAUUUAUAUGAAUCAGAGAGAGAAGAAACACAUGACCUGCUUAUUCAGAAUAACAAGGACAUCCAGAGGAUGGUACUGGCAUUUGAUGGCCUUCAAAUCCAAGCUGAAAAUGAAAGAAAGGAGAUGAAGAUUAAAUUAAAAGAGAGUAAACAGCAGAGUGAGGAACUCAUAAGGGAAUGUCACGCAGAACUGAGGAAGAAACAAGAACAGGUGUCGCAGCUUAAGCAGAAGUAUGAUGAAAAAGAUAAUGAACUUCAGCAAAUAUGGCUUCAUUUUCAAGAAACAAAGCAGAAAUAUGAGCAGCUAGAAGAAGCAGCAAGAAAACAAUAUAAGGAUCUACAAGAGUCACAUAGAAAACAAGAGGUGCUUUUAGAUAACCUGGAAAAAGCAGAAAGCUCCCUUAAAAAAACCCAGAAACGUCAGCAAGUUCUCGAGACAAUGUUAGAAACUAAAGAACAGGCACUUGGGCAAGUAAUUGUGGAGAAAGACGCAGCCACGGAAGAGCUUAAUAAAACGAAAGAAUGUCAGGCAGCAGCGAUUAAGAAGCUGCAGGAUACAGUUCAGAGUUUAGAGACAUCUCUUACAAUGAAGAAACUGAGGUCAGAAGAACUCGAAGAGAAUUUUAACAACAUUUUAGUGGAAGCAAAUAAAAAAACUUGUGAAUUAGGAGCGAUAGAAGAACACAAAAAAGAGAAAGAAAAGGAAAUCAAACAGCUUACAGACAAAUUGGGAAUGGCUAGACAGUCCAUAACUGCUUUAGAGGAAAAGUUUAAAAAUGAAGAGAAAAAGGCUGGGAACCUGAUAACUGAACUGGAGAUCAAAAACACAGCCCUGUGUGAACUAAAGGAAGCAGCUGAGCUUCUUUCAGAGGUAAAUGGCAACCUUGAGAAGAAUAUAGAACAGCUGCAGAAAGAUCAGGAAGGGUUAAAGCAUGUUGUUCAAAAUAAAGAGUCUGAAAUAUGUGAGAUUCAAGAACAGUUAUCUGCUGCUCUUGGAAAGGAGGGAGUCUCUUUGGAAGAAGUAGAUAAUUUAAAGAUGAUCCUCGCACAAAAAGAGUAAGUUAUCUUGAUUAACUUUGAUUAUUAGAAAA